AUUAGUUUCGAUGUACACAACAUUUCAACGGCGAAAUCCAAGUUAAAAGUAAACAUCAUAUUUGAAUUGAGAACAGUAGAGAAAUAAUAAUACCAGUAGAUAGAUGUUUCAAUUUAAAAGUGAAAAGUUGAGAGAUUUUUACAAUGUCAGAUUUAGAAGAACUUAAGCUUAAAAAUCAAAAUAGCAAAAUACGUCACAAAUGCGAUCAUUGCGGUAAGAUUUUCUUAACUAAACAAAACUUGAACAAUCACGUGGAUGGAGUUCAUUUGUAUCUAAGAAAAUUUGUUUGCGACGAUUGUGGACAGUCUUUUGUCACAAAACAACAUUUGAGUGUUCAUAUGAUAAAUGUCCAUCAAAAAAUGAAAAAUUACAACUGCGAUUCGUGUGGAAAGUCUUUUGUCUACAAGAUAAGCUUGGUCAGGCACAUUACCACGGUUCAUGAAAAAAUCAAAGAUCACAAAUGCUUCGAGUGUGGCAAUUCUUUUGGACAAAAGAGUUAUCUAAUGAAUCAUAUAGAUCUAGUUCAUUUGAAGCUCAAAGCACACAUGUGUGAGGAAUGUGGAAAGUCUUUUGGUCAAAAGCAGACUUUAAUGAAGCACAUUGAUACAGUUCAUUUGAAAAUAAAAGACCAAAAAUGCGGAGAGUGUGGAAAGUCUUUUGGUUAUAAAAAUGAUCUGAUGAAGCACAUUGAUACAGUUCAUCUGGAACUCAAACAACACACGUGUGAGGAAUGUGGAAAGUCUUUUGGUCGCAAAAGUAACUUACAUAAACACAUUGCUGCAGUACAUAAAAAAAUCAAAGAGCACAAUUGCGGAGAGUGCGAUAAGUCUUUUGGAAAAAAACAGACUUUAAUGAAGCACAUUGAUACAGUUCAUUUGAAAAUAAAAGAUCAAAAAUGCGGAGAGUGUGGAAAGUCUUUUGGUUAUAAAAAUGAUCUGAUGAAGCACAUUGAUACAGUUCAUCUGGAACUCAAAGAACACAUGUGUGAGGAAUGUGAAAAGUCUUUCGGUCAAAAAAGUAACUUAAAUAAACACAUGGCUGCAGUACAUAAAAAAAUCAAAAAUCACAAAUGCAAAGAGUGUGACAAGUCGUUUGGACAAAAAAUUAAUCUAACGAAGCAUAUAGAUAUGGUUCAUUUGAAACUCAGAAAUCAUAAAUGCGAUGAGUGUGGCAAGUCUUUUGGUGGAAAAACACACUUGCACACACACAUAGCUACAGUUCAUAAAAAUAUCAAAGAUCACAAAUGCUUUGAGUGUAGCAAAUCUUAUGGACAAAAGAGUAAUCUAAUGACGCAUAUAGAUUCAGUUCAUUUAAAACUCAAAAAUCAUGAAUGCGAGGAGUGCGACAAGUCUUUUGGAAAGAAAAGUGAUCUAAUGAAGCAUAUAAAUCUAGUUCAUUUGAAACUCAAAAAUCAUAAAUGCGAUGAGUGCAGCAAGUCUUUUGGUACGAAAUUCAAGCUGACGAGACACAUAAAUGUUAUUCAUUUAAAACUCAAAGAAUACAAUUGCAAAAAAUGUGGCAAGUUAUUUGGACAAAAAAUAAAUCUGAUGAAGCACAUAGAUUCAAUUCAUUCGAAAAUAAAAGAACACGUUAGCUUAUAAUCGCAAUGAGCAUUUAAAAAAACACGUCUUCCAUUCGGAGUGUCACACAUAUGAAUUACUCUCGUGCCUAUAGUCACUAUAUUUUAUGAACCGUGUAAGCUGCAUGUGUUAUGGCGGUCACGAGUAAAGACAUAAUGCAGUUGUUUGGCGAGUUAAUGAAUUAAAUAUUUGAGAUAAGUGCGAUUACUAUGACUUUGAUGAUAUGAUGAUAUGCUGAAAGGAUAGUUACAUCUUUGUGAGCAUACAUAGUCUUGGUAAUUGACUAAUCCUCUCGGGAGAAGGCAAAAAGAAAAAAAGAAUAAUAGAAAUGAUGAUGUUCAGAGCGAGUCAGCCUUCGUGUAUGAUAAUUGGACCAAGCAUAGAAUUUGAUUUUGAAACAAGUGCAACAGUAACUGAAAACUUACAGUAAGGCUACAUUUACAUGACAAGUUUAAUGCAUGACACAAAAUGAGAUGCGCAAUUUUAUGGAGAAUAAAUAAUAUAUACAAAGUAAGGUAUUGAGUUACUAGUUUACUAUACUAAUGGUAAAUAUAUUAUUUUGCUUCUGAAUGUUUUUUAUAUUCAAUGUUGAACUUAACUAAUGGUUUGUAAUUUAAAUAAAU